CGGGAUGAGCGCGGCCCGGCCCACAGGACAGCCCGGGGGGGGGGGGGGGUCCGCCCCGCGCUGGUUGGUCGGCGGCAGCUGCUGACUCGGGAAGUGUUGGGACCGCAGGAAUGGAGUUAAAUCUGAACCGUGUGGAUUACCUGCAGGUGGGAGUGACUUCCCAAAAGACCAUGAGGCUGCUGCCUGCAUCUGGAAAGAGAGCAACCCAAAAGGUUGUCAUUGCAGAUCAUGAUGGAGUGAUUUUCUGUUUCGGGAUGAAAAGGGGAGAAGCAGUGCCAGUAUUCAAGACCUUACCAGGACAAAAGGUGUCUAGAUUGGAGCUCGGAGGAGCGAUUGGUACACCACAAGAGAAAAUCUUCAUCGCCACUGGGUCAGAAGUCCGAGGUUUUACAAAGAAGGGAAAGCAGUUCCUGUCAUUUGAAACUAAUCUCACCGAAAGCAUUCGAGCUAUGCAUGUGUCUGGGCCAGACCUUUUCUUGUGUGCAAGUUAUAUCUAUAAUCAUUACUGCGACUGCAAGGAUCAAGACUAUUACCUUUCUAGUGAUAAGAUCAAUGAUAUUACCUGCCUUCCGAUUGAAAAAUUGGGCCGCAUCACACCAAUAUUGGCCUGCAAAGACCGAGUUCUUCGGGUUUUGGAGGGAUCAAACUUGUUGUAUGAAUUUGAGGUAUCUGGAGAACCUACUGUCCUGGCAUUACACAAUGGAAAUGGAGGGAACUCAGGAGAAGAGAUUAUAUAUGGAACAUCGGAUGGGAAGUUAGGAUUGGUCCAAAUCACAGGAAAUUCUCCAGUCCAUCUUUGGGAGAUGCUUAAUGAAAAAAAGAGAGGGGGUAUUCUGUGUAUCGACUAUUUUGACAUUUUAGGGGAUGGAGUCAAAGAGCUACUUGUUGGCCGAGAUGAUGGAAUGGUGGAAAUUUAUGCAUUUGAUGCUAACAAUGAGCCUGGUCUUCGGUUUGAACACGCAUUGUCUGAGAGCAUCACUUCGAUUCAAGGUGGCUGUUUUGGAAAGGAGGGAUAUGAUGAGGUUUUGCUAGGCACUUAUACAGGUUGGGUGACUGGGCUUACCACAGAACCAAUUCAGAAAGAGGUGGGUCCUGGGGAUGAGGUGAAGAUGAACCAGGAGAUGCAAAACAAGGUCCUGAAUCUGAGAGUGGAACUGGAGCAGUUACAAGGGAAGUUGCUUCAGGAGCGUGAGAAAUACCAGCAAUCGGCACAGUCCAGCGGUGCAGUUUCAGCAGUGCCCGUGUUCAGCGUAAAUGAUAAAUUUGUUCUGAAUCGUGAUGAUGCAAGCUAUAGUCUCAUCCUGGAAGUGCAAAUGGCUAUUGACAAUGUGCUGCUCCAGAGUGACAUCCCUAUUGACCUACUAGAUGUUGACAAAACUUCUGCUGUGGUCAGUUUCAGUGGGUGUGAUAUAGAGCAGAAUGGGAACUUUCUUCUCGCUACUUAUCGAUGCCAGGCCAACACCACCAGACUGGAGCUAAAGAUUCGCUCCAUUGAAGGACAGUAUGGAAUACUACAAGCCUACAUUACCCCUCGUCUCCAACCUAAAACCUGCCAGGUUCAUCAGUAUCAGAUCAAACCAUUGUCUCUUCACCAGAGGACACAUUCGUUUGAUCAAACCAGGCCAGUGAAUACACUGACACUCACAGGUCAGUUCAGCUUUGCUGAAGUUCAUUCCUGGGUUGUAUUUUGCCUGCCUGAAGUACCAGAUAAAGUUCCAGUCGGCGACAAUGCCACAUUUUACUUUCAGAACACCUUCUUGGAUACCGAGUUGGAAUGUUACUACAAAAAAGGUGAAGGAUUGUUUAAGUCUGACAACAUCUCCACUAUUUCCAUACUGAAGGAUGUGUUAAGCAAAGAAGCAACAAAGAGAAAAAUCAAUCUCAACAUUUCCUAUGAGAUUAAUGAGGAAUCAGUAGGCCACACUUUAAAACUGAUCCAUCCCAAACUGGAAUUUCAAUUGCUGUUGGCCAAAAAAGUCCAGCUGAUUGAUGCUUUGAAGGAACUGCGAGUGCAUGAAGGGAAUGUGGAUUUCCUGAUUCCUGAAUACCGCAGUAUUUUAGAGGAGGCAGAUACCCUGCUGGAAGAAUACAAGAAACAGCCUGCUCACCUGGAGAGAUUGUAUGGCAUGAUAACCGAUCUCUUCAUAGACAAGUUCAAAUUCAAGGGUACCAAUGUGAAAACUAAAGUUCCUCUUUUGUUGGAAAUCUUGGACAACUAUGACCCUAAUAGUCUACUAUUAUUCUUUGAUUCAGCCUAGCUAAGCUCCUCAAAGCUUGCUGAAAAGUAAACUAAGGUUCAUUCAUCAAUGAUUGUGACCAUUAUAAUGUAGUGUAUUCCUGUGACUGGCAGUAAUUCACUAGGAAUGGGACAGACAAUCUAGUUUAUGGACUAGGAAAAGUGAAAGAUUAUACUACUUCAGAAGUAUUUCAUUUCUCAAACCCCACAAUUGGUUUAACCCAAUAUGCAUUAAUUUGGACAAACCCCUUGUGAUAAUGCACAGCAAGAUAAUUAUGUUUGUUAAAAGCAUUUGAAAGAAUGUUCUUGUAUGUGACAGACUACAUGAACAGAAUACUGCAGAUUUUGUGAAGUAUGUGGUCUGUUAAUUAUUUUUCAUGUUUGUGUAUUCUCAAAUUCAGUUUUACCUCUUCUUUCUAAUAGCAUUAUCAGCAUCAACCUGGCGCUUCUUCAGAUAGCUGUUAAAGAUCAGGAACUGACAAUGUAAUAGAACAGCUGCAGACUCAGUCCUGUGUUCGUUAGACCUGUGUAUAGUAACACUGGUUCCAAAGCCCAAAGGGGCAAUUGUAAUAAAACCAUAAAAUAUUAGAAUUACAUAACAUUGGUAAGACUAGAGGACUCUAACUGUAGACAUUUUGGACCAACUGAAGUAAAACUAUGGUUGAUGGUGAAUUUCACCAAUUAUUAUUUACAUAUUCUAUUGUGGUUAAUAUUUGUUAUAAUGUAGGAACAAAAUAUAAAACACUACAGUCCUGCAGUAAACUACUGUAGUUCACAGUAAUAAACUAUUAAUCUUUGAUAUAGCAGUAUUCAUGUUGGGAGGACAUCUCAAAGCACUUCACAGGAUUAACUGGAAAGUGUACUGACUAUUUUGUAGGCAAAUGCAGCAGCCAGUUUGUGCAGCACAAUUUCCCCACAAAUAGCCAUGCAAUGAAUGACUAAUUUUAUCUUGGAGAUUGUUGGCCAGGUGGGAAAAGGUCCCUUCUCCUUUAAAAUAGCACCAGGGGAUCUUUAACAUCCACCUGAACAGGCAGACUGGUCUCCUGUUUCAUAUUCAAAAGAACCAAUAGCAGUUAUGACUGGAAGCAUGUUAUUUAAGUUUAUUUGAAAAAAAACUUUGAAUAGUUCAUUUGUUCACUUCCAUUAAGAUAUGUUGGGUCAGUUUACUCUUAACAAAUUGUUUUCAGGAAUUGUAUUAAAAGCCGAGACUAAAUGUUACAAUAUUGUUCAGUAUGACAUUAGAUUUGCUUUUCUUUUUAUUUAAACUCCUGUUUAUUCAUUCCACUGCUUAGAGUUAUUGAUGCAGUGACUUGCUAUUGUUUUACUGUAAAUAGGAUAAGUUGUUCCACCAUGAAUUGGACAGUGGGGGGAAACCAGAAAAACGCACAAGGUUAUGGUUGAGUGCACUUGUUAUAUGAAUUGGUACCACAUCAAACCCAAUGUAAUAUUCACUAUGCAUACAGCGUAUCACUCAGAUAUGUGUUAUCAUUGGAUUCUGUAUUAGUUGCAUUACUGAAUCAUACAGUAAUCUGAUUUGCCUGUGUCCUCGCCCAAACCAGGCUCUGCAUUCCCACCAUCCCAGCACUUCCCAGGCUCCAUUGAUUCCCUGUUGCAGAAUGAAUCAAUUUCAAGAUUCUCACUUUCAAAUCACUACAAACUGUAUAGUUGAUACCAAAUGAUAUUUUGACAUUUUGUUUUAUAGAAAGUAAUUUUCUUGAUGUAUGGCAGAAUUCGAUAAUUCUUCAACCCAGAAAAUAAAUGGCUUACUACCCAAA